UCAAAAGGGUAAUACAAAAUAAUAUUAUAAAACCAUAGUUUCAAAAACGCCAGAUCAAAAAGGUAAGUUUUCAACAUAGCUUUAAAAACAGAGAGUGAGGGUGUUGAUCUAAUAUAAAGUGGCAAGGCAUUAAAAUGACAAUAAAAGCUUUGAAUCAUUUUAUUGCAGAUCUUUUUGCACUCUAUUUUAAACAUUAACCUUAUUUGUAAUUUGUAAUAAAAAUCCCUAUGGAACAUUACUAACGCAGAAAUUAGGUCGGUCGGUCGGUCGGUCAACCUUUCAUGAAGUUUACACAGAAAGUAAAGUGUGAGUAAAUCCCUAGCUGCUCCUGCAUAUCUGACUGUUUGGCGCCAUCUGCUGGACAUCUGCGCAUGCGCAGUGCAGUUUCUCUCCCGGCCGUCAGGCGGACAGCGUCACGGGCUUCAUCACAGAUCAUGAGGCUGCAGAAGAAAACGCGCGUCCUCUAAAGAGUUUUUAUGCGGAAGUCAUGGGAAGUUAACCUGUUUUAGCGACUCUAGUUUGUAUGACAGUUAAUCUAAUGAGCUUUAGAGCUCGUGCUGUGUGCUGUUUGUUAUUUGGAAGUCUUUUAGGCAGAAUCUCAUCCAUGGGUUCUGGACUGCAGUAUUUGAAUGUGAUCUUGGAGAGCCAGGAGCUGUUGGCGUUUCUGCACCCCUCUCCUUGGACCCCAGGGGUCACUGUCGUUACUCAUAAGACCCCUGACCACACUAGCAGCCUCUUCCACUUACCUGAGGAUUCUUUCCUGUCUCUGCUUCUAGGGGCAAGAACAGUAGCGAGGCUCCUUUGUGAAAAGCUGGAUGUUCAGCGCUGUGCGCUCGUCCAUACACCACACAGACGGGCGAGCGGACUCGGCGUGGAGCUCCUUAUUGUUCCUCUUCACGGAGUGACGGCAGAUUGGAAACCACACAUUGCUGCAGAGGAAGAUUUCCAGCCCUGUGACCCAGGAUACAUCACUUCCAAGAGUGGGCCACGCUGGGCAGACUCCCGUCUUGAGGACGUCAAGAACAGCAUACGGGCUCGGCUGCCCGUCCCAAAUGCAGCUCUGAACUACACCUUCCUGGGUAAAGCCUCUGACUGCGGGCUGUUUCCACGGAUUGUGCGUGGAGAGGAAAAGCAGUGGCGGGUUUGGGAAGAUGACGGCCAUAUUGCUUUUCUUACACCGUUUCCCAACACGCCUGGACUCACUGUGCUCAUUCCCCGGAAACCACUUUCUAGCGACGUAUUCCGACUAGAGGAAGCGGACUACAAGAGGAUGGUGCUGGCCACUCGAGAUGUUUCCCGGCUCCUGGAGGCGGGGCUUGAUGCAUGGGGGGUGGGGCUUAUAUUUGAAGGAUUUGAAAUUGAUUACGCUCACGCUAAACUGAUUCCACUUGUGUCUUUACCUAAUAAAGUUGAGCUGAAUCUCACCUGUCCAGCACAAGAGUUUCAUCAUCAAUACCCUGGUUAUGUAACAUCGGUUAAUGGUCCACCUGGCAAUGAAGAAAGUCUCCAAGAGAUUUUUGCCAAAAUUACUCGCCGUUAAACAUCUUCUGUUGAUGAAAUGUUUAUCUUAUAUAAUGAAAGAAUGCAUCUUUAAUUGUGUAAACGUAAUAGUUUCAGUGUUCGAGAUAAAACAGGUUUUCUUCAGUAUUAUAGUUUCAUUUCAUGACAUUUCAUGUAAUUAUGAUUUUGUAAUAUUUAAACUAAAUAAACAUGAGCAGAGUUUGAGAUCUAAGACGUGCAGGUAUUAUCACACUUUGUAGAUAUGUUCGUAAUGAAUCUUUGUUUAAAGCUUUAAAAAUGAUGGUGACAAUGGAGACUGAUGUUCAUUAUACAUACAUUUAACAAAUAUACAUUUAGUAAUUAUUAAAAAGAGCAGUAUUUGGUUAUAAGAGAAAUGUACACACAUGUCAUAUAUUCAUAUUCAUGUCAUAUUCGUUGAUUUAAAAACAAUCAAAUAUUUUUAAAGGAAAUUCAGUUUGUAUGAUGUAACAAUUUUUGUUUUUUUCUUGUUUGUUUUGUUAUGCUUUAGUAAAGUCGGCAGUCAGCACACCAAGAUUAAA